AUGUCUGCCUUCGCUUUCGGCGGUGACGCCAACAAGGCAAUGAAAAUCAUGGAAGCAGCACAGUGGAACAACCAAGCCAAUCAACUCGAAGCCCGUGGUGAUUUUGCCGGCGCAGAGAAUUUAUUCUUGAGAUCUCUCGCGAGGAAAAUCGAGGUCACAGGUGAAGAUUCUAUCCAGACUGCUCUUGCAAAAAAUGCGUUGGGUGAAUUGUAUUUGAAGAUGGAGAGCAAGUUGAAUGAUGCACAGAAGAUGUUGGAGGAUGCUGAUAGGGUUAGGAGUGUCAUCGAUAAUUUCGACGCAGCUUGCACUCGUGACAAUCUUGGUCAACUAUGGGAGAUCAAGGGUGACGUUGUGAAGGCUAGAGAGGUGAGAGGAAGAAAUCCAGAGAAUAUGGUUUGCUCGAACUUCAAGUGUCCACUCAGUAACAUAAACGUCAAAUCAAAGCAGGAUGAACUCAAGAACUGUGUCAGAUGCAAGUGUACAUGGUAUUGCAAUGAAGAAUGUCAGAAAGUGGAUUGGAAGACGAGACACAAGCGGUGGUGUAAGGAGCCCACGGCGGAGAUUGCUCAAGGAAUUAGUACCAGUGGAUAA